UUCAACGAAUUUUAUUAUAAUAAAAGCUGUAUUAAGAAUUCAAAUAAUAUUUGUUAACAGCUAUUUGAAUAUCUUAACAUUAAAUUGUGGAGAAAUUCAAAUUGAUAAGCUAAUGUAGCAUAGCUGGCAUUUGACCCUAUUAUGAGUCUUAUCAUUGUUUGUAAUUUUGCACAAACUCGGCAGAUUAAGAAAACUAUUAAUUUCUGCUGUUAGUAGAUUAAACAUAUUCAACGCUAGUUGAACUACAAUUUCCGGCGAAAAUGUAUCUGCUUGCCAUAUUCUUGGGCAUCUUUUUAGGUGGUCUUUCAACUUCUCAUUCAGAAUUUAAUGUAAAUAAUGAGCUCGAUGCUGUGGAAAAUAAUUGUGCGGCAUAUUGUCUAAAUCUUUUUUUGAAAAGCAAUGAAUUUGCAAAUAACAAAUUGAAAUCUUGUGAAAUGCAUAGUAAGCAAAUGUCUAUUCUUCAAACUGAACUAGUAGUUUUGAAAUUAAAAGAAGAAAUCUCUGAAAAGAAACUUAAAAAAGCUGAUGAGAGAUGUACAAAGACUCAAGAACAGCUCGACACCGAUCUACACUCAAUAAAAAACCUUCUUUAUCACCUCACGAAUCAAUCGAGAGACGAGGCAAAGAGACUCAAGGAACAGCAAAAACAAAUCGGAGAUUAUAGGGAUUUAAUUGAAGAAAAGAACGAUAUAAUUCGAGUCUUACAAUCUAAAUUGGAAAUCUAUGAAUACUCAGCAAAGAUAUUGAAUUUUAAUGUUUCAUUAAUUCCACCAGCGCCUAUGAUAAAGCAUGAGAUACCUGAACAGCAAAUUAAAAUUUAUGAAACUAGUUGCUUGAGUAUGGGAAACUCUUCAGAUAUUUUGGAAAUCCAAGUACCAGGAAUGCAACCAUUUUCUGUGGCAUGCGAUGGAGAUACUGCUGGACCUGGAUGGACUGUAAUUCAACGAAGAGUUGACAAUAGUGAGUACUUUAAUCGUAGCUGGAAUGAAUACCGAAAUGGCUUUGGAGAUCUGGAGAAAAGCUUCUUCAUGGGAUUGGAAAAGAUUCAUCAUAUCACAAAAUCACAGAACUAUGAACUAUAUAUACAUCUGGAGAGUUUUAACGGUUCUGUUCGCUAUGCACGUUAUAAUAAGUUUGGUAUUGGAAACGAAACGGAUGCCUAUGAACUAAAAGACUUGGGAGCGUAUUCUGGUGAUGCUGGCGAUGCGCUAGUUCAAAAUAUAAAUAUGAAGUUUACAACUUUCGAUCGGGAUAAUGAUAAAUUUUAUAGCAAUUGCGCCAGUGAGCGCGAUGGUGGCUGGUGGUAUAAUCAAUGUGCUCGAUCAAAUCUAAAUGGACGUUACUAUGAAAGCGAAAUGGAUGUAUGGGCAGGCAUUUGGUGGUGGAAUUGGCAAGAAACGCGCACUCUGAAAGCAGUGCAUAUGCUGAUAAGGCCAACGAAUACGACUAUAGUGAAAAACUAAUUGUUAUUUAAAUGGGAAGUUUUGUAAGUAAAUAAAAAUAGUUGUCAACUGUUCAAAUAAACUUUUUUGAAUAAUUUGCUUAUUUCUUACAUUUACGGAAAACAAAAGUACAUAAUAUUAGUUUGUGCUUUUUAAAUUCUGUAAAAAUUAAAAUUUGUAUAUUACUAGCGAUAUUUAUUUUCGAAAUCGGUAGUCCAGCACAUAUUUACAAUCAGUGUAAUUGUGAAAGGCGCAAAAAUACCGAAUGUAUAUUUUUGGAAAUACAAGUUACGGUCACAUUAAAUGCAACCCUGCUUGUGGAAGCGCGUCGUCUGCGCGUUUUGUAGCUCGUAGUUUUUUUGUUUAAUUUUUAACUACUAUAAGUGAACGUGUGCGUGGUUUUGACUUAAAAGAAUGUAUUACGCGUAUUACCGUUGCAACUAAACCCACAUAAAAUGACCUCCAUUGAUAGUGUACGUGUACUGCUGCAAUCGCUGCCAGCAGCAGCGCCCUCUGUCAGCA